CCCGGAAGUAGAACGCCCACAGCAGAGCGGCUCGGCAGCUUCCGUGGCCGCGUUUGUUUGGAAGUUCCAGGCAAUCUUCUGAGAUGGCGAACGCAGCCGCGCCUACAGCGGCGGUCCCCACCCUAGCUCCGCCUUUGGAGCAGAUCCGGCACUUGGCAGAGGAGCUGCGGUUGCUGAUACCUGGAGUGCGGGUCGGCGAAGCCCUGGAGACCACCAAGGAGUUUAAUCCUGACACGUUUUGGAGGAGACUCAAUGAGGCAGCUGUGAACGUGUCAAGGGAAGCUACGACUCUGACCGAAGUCUUCUCUCAUCUUCCACUGCCCUCUCCACAGGAAACACAGAGGUUCUGUGAACAAGUCCGUGCUGCCAUCAAGGCAAUGAUUGCAGUAUAUUAUUCACUUCCCAAGAAUCAGGGAAUCACUCUGAGAAAGCUGGUACGAAGCACCACUCUGGACAUCGUAGAUGGCAUGGCUCAACUUAUGGAUGCGCUUUUCAUGACUCCAACUCAGAGCUCAGAGAACAAUGACCUUAUUUCCUACAACAGUGUCUGGACUGCAUGCCAGCAGGUUCCUCAGAUACCAAGAGAUAACAAAGCUGCAGCCCUUUCAAUGCUGACGAAGAAUGUGGAUUUUGUGAAGGAUGCGCAUGAGGAAAUGGAGCAGGCCGUGGAAGAAUGUGACCCGUACUGUGGCCUCCUGAAUGACACUGAGGACAACUCUGAUAACCACGGUGAUGAAGAGGAUGAUGGGUUGGGGUAUCCAAACAAUCGGGACUUAUAUUGGUCAGAGGAGGAUCAAGAGCUCAUAAUCCCAUGCCUUGCACUGGUGAGAGCAUCAAAAGCCUGCCUGAAGAAAAUCCGGAUCUCAGUGGCAGAGAAUGGGAAGAAGGAUCAGGUGGCCCAACUGGACGACAUUGUGGAUAUCUCUGAUGAGAUCAGCCCUAGUGUGGAUGAUUUGGCUCUGAGUAUAUACCCACCUAUGUGCCACUUGACUGUGAGAAUCAAUUCUGCAAAACUUGUAUCUGUCUUAAAGAAGGCACUUGAAAUUACUAAAGCGAGUCAUGUGACCCCACAGCCAGAAGAUAGUUGGAUCCCUUUACUCAUUAAUGCCGUUGAUCAUUGCAUGAACAGAAUCAAGGAACUCACUCAGAAUGAACUUGAACUUUUCCCUUUUGCAGAGAAAAUGAAGCCAUCCUUCAUCCUUGAGGAAUCUUCUCAAGCUCGUGUUCCCAUUCCCAACCCUGUAGACAUAGACCUCUACUCCUGCUGCCACCCGGAAGAUGAAGUGUCCGCCCUCCCCAAGUUGAACCUCCAUUUUUGAGGUCUGUGUCCCAUCCUGACCCCACUAUUGCCUGCUGUGUAACUUUGGGCAAAUUAUUUAAGCUCUCUAUCUUUGUCUCCUCAUCUGUAAAGUGGGGAUACCAGUGGUUGCUACCUCUUAAGGUUGUUGUGAGGAUAAAUGAUAUAAUGCAUAAUGUACACUUAACCCUAUGUUUGCCAAUGUAAGCUACAGUUAUUCUAGUUGUCCCUCAUUUCCCCAAGGGUUGCACCAUCAAUUUUAACCCAUCUUUCCUGAGGCUUCAGUCUUCCCCUCUCUGUUGAUUAUUUUCCUCAGCACGAAAGCAGAUUCUGCUCUCUCAUCUUAAACAAACAAACAAAAAAACCCACCCUCUCUCUACCCAGUGUCCCUGGCUGACAACCACUCAUCCUGUUUCCUUUUUCUGCCUGUUCUUCCAGGAAGGACUGGCACACUGUGUCUUGCUUCCUCAACUCUCAAUCAGUUUAACCCCUAGGAUGCUGUCCUUUGUCAUCACUUCUCAGUAAGACCACAAGUCCAUGCAUAUUCACAAGUCCAGAUCUAUCCCACCUCCUUAAUAUGUCUUCAUUUGAAGUGCUGCUACUCUGGUUUCUCCUUCAUUCCUUGACUUGGUUAUUACAAAACUUUCCAACCUCUGAUCCAGUGUUUCUCAACAUUACAUAAACAUUAGAGUCAUAUAGAGAGCUUUAUAAAAUGAUCCCAAUGCCAAGCUGCACACCAAAUCAAUUAUAUCGGACUCUGGUGGUGAGGCCCAGGCAGCAAUAUUUUUAAAGUUCCCCAGGUAAGGGGUGCCUGGGUGGCUCAGUUGGUUAAGUGGCCAACUUAGGCUCAUGUCAUGAUCUCAUGGUUCGUGAGUUUGAGCCCCACGUCGGGCUCUGUGCUGACAGCUGGGAGCUGGAGCCUGCUUCCAAUUCUGUGUUUCCCUCUCUCUGCCCCCCCCCCCACUUGCACUCUGUCUCUCUCUCUCUCAAAAAUAAAUAAACAUUAAAAAAAAUUUUAAGUUCCCCAGGUGAUUCAACAUGUAGCCAAGAUUCAGAACCAGUAUUCUAAUAUGACCCCUUCCAUUCCAUUCUGCCAAAAUGAAUUUCUGAUCACAUUUGCUCCUCUAGUUCAAUUUUUCCUAGCUCCCCACUACCUAGAGAACAAAAUGCAAACUCCUUGGCAUGAUAUACAAGUCCCUGCAUGAUCCAAGUCCCUGCACCCCACAAAAAGGAAACAUGGUGGAGAAACUGGGGACUGUGUGGGCUGGUUAGGAGACUGUUGCAAUAAUGUAGGCAAGCUGUAGUCCACUGAUUGUCUCUUGCCUGCCCAUUGGAAUCACCCAAAGAAUUUAAACAGUUUUUGAUGUUUGGGUCAAACCAUGGGGUUUCUGAUUUAAUUGGUCUGGGGUUCAGGCUGAGCAUCCAAUUUCCCUGGGUGAUUCAGAUAUGCAGCAAGGUUUAAGAACAACUACUCUAGUCCAGGGUAACAUAGGGAGCUUUUAAAAAGUACCAUUGCCUGGACCCCAUCCCAGACCAAUUAAGUAGGAAUUUGGGGGAGGAGGGAGAACCUGUGUACAUGUUGUUCCUUCUGCCUUGAAUACUCGUGACUCACUUUUCUGCCUGUCGCUGCCCUUCCUACUCAUCCUUUCAGAUUCGGUGUAGUCUGAUGUAUCUGGGAGCAGCCUGCUCCAACCUGGGUGACAUGAUCCCCUGCCAUUGUACUCUGUUUACAUCAUCAAAUACUUCUUAUGCUGCAGUCAUGGUCUGUUUACUUAUCUGACUGCAGUUGGAAUUGUGAGUGCUUUUUUCUAUGUGAAGCUCAAUAAAUAUGUGUUGAAUGACAGACAGAGGGCACACCAGGGGCUAGAAGCCACCUCUUCAGAACUUCGGGUGUGCCCCAUGGCUGUUGCCUACCCAGGGUAGGAGCUGGGGGUUGAGGAGGUCUGGCAAGGCCUUAGAAUUACCCAUGUUGGCACCAAGCGUGAGGAACAGCUUGUUCUUCCAGAGCUUGGCAGCAAGGGUGCCAUUGUAGUACAUUGCCUGCACCCCAAUUGCCAGCUCCACAGCCUUCUCCUCAUCAGUGGGGUUAACCAGCAUCACUGAGAACUGGGCAUUCCCUCCCAGGCAUAGGGAGCUGGGUGCUUCCAAGAACAGGUAUAGAGGCUCAGCAGUCUUGAGCCUGGGAGGAUGGAUGCCACUGUCCUUUUCAUGUUCCAUUCUCUCUUUCUGGACUCUUUCCAGCACUUCUUUUUCUUGAAAAGAUCCUGAAGAAUGGAGGAAAUAAAACAGGCCUCUUAUCCAGAGGGUAUAGACUCUUCUAAUAAAAGUCCAGGAUUAAGAUUCAUUUACCCAAUGUUACUCAAAUCCCAAAGUCAUAAGAGCUUUGCAACCCUCUAAGACCACAUUUAGCUCAAAAAAAAAAAAAAAAAAAAAAA